CAGUAAUAGGCCGGCGACAACGACGAUGGAACCGGAGCCCGAAGGCCAAAGGCGGGUACUAGUCCAUUGCAGCGCCGGCUGCGGGCGGACGGGGACCUACUGCACCGUCGAUAGCGUUGUAGAUAUGCUGAAGCGGCGGCGGGCAGCGUUGGCGGAUCGAAAGCAACCGGCGGCAGGGAGUCCGAGUGGGGAUGGUGGCGACGAUGCGGGCGAACAGGAAGCCUGGCUGCUUCGAGAGGAUGUUGACCUGAUCGCGGCGACGGUGGAGGAAUUCAGAACACAGCGCAUCAGCAUGGUGCAGAGUCUUCGGCAGCUUGUUCUGGAUUACGAGAGCGUGCUAGAGUGGAUUAUGCAGCAUGCGGGGGAGCUGGGGAUGGGGGAUGAGGCUUCGGAUGAAGUGGAGAUGAAGAAAGGGGUUUGAUCCUGAUCCUGAUCCUGACCCUGAUCCUGACCCUGAGCGUGAGACUUUCGAGGGGAGCUUUGUUUUUUCAAUUACGAUUUCUUUUAAAAAUAAAAAGGAAGGAAAAUAGUUUACGUUCGUAGAGAUAGAGGCGUGCGCGAGAUAGAUGAUAGAUAGACAAACAGAGGGGGAUGCGAUGAUGAUUCCGAUGAUAGGGGGGAAAAGGGGAAGGGUGGGUUUUGCAGAGGAGGACGCAAGGGGGGGGGCCAGCCAGGUAUAAUAAAUAUAAUGUUAUAGUUAGCAUUUAAUUCAAGUUCACUCUUGUGUGUUUUUU